AUGGAUUUGGAGUUGAAGAAAGCAUUCACGGAGAUGCAGGUGAAUAAGAUUGAAUCGACCAAGAAGAUUCGGCUUCUUGAUAUCAAAACGGAGGGAUUGAAGUUAUCGAAGCAACGGGCCGAGGUUACGAACAAACACAUUUCUAUACUCGAUCCAAGCACCAAAGUGUACGCAUCUGUGGGUCGCAUGUACGUACUGGAUGAUAUUCCUUCGCUCACCGAACAACUAAAGUCGAAGCAAACCUCGUACGAAGAGAUGAUCGCGCAGUGCGAAAAGAACAAAGAUUUUCUCAUCAAAAACCUCAAGGAGCAGGAAGAAAGCCUUCGCGAGUUGGUGCAACAGAAGAAGGCGGAAACAGUCGAAACAAAUGGGAAACCGGCGGAGUGAAAGGGCGGGGAGUGUCGACUUGUUUGGCAAUGAAACAAUAAAUUAAUUAUUCUUCACUUUGCUUUAUCUAAGAUACCAUCCAAAUCGAAGUUCGCAUACGAUCGAAAUUCAUUGCCUAGAUUGCGUUCAUGCUCUGGUCGAAAAUCACAUAAAUCUAAAUUAAGGUGCUCUUUGGCCCAAUCCUGUACAACUGCACCUGAG